AUGACUAAUGGACAACCAAACCAUCGUAAUCAUGCUUCUAGCUCGAGCGGAUCUACUAAAGCUGAAAAACGAAAAGAGUAUCACAAAAGAUACUAUGCUGCACGCAAAGGAAAUAACAAAGUAUCUAAAUUUGGGAGUGGUGAUGCCUCCCAAAGUGCUUCAUCAAUAUCUUUAAUGAGUAAUAGGUCAACAGAAAGGACGCCGUUAAGAAGUUUACAAACUAAUAUUACUCAAUUUACACAAACAACAAAUGAGAACGCCUCAAGUGUUUCUACUAUAAAACGCAAGGAGUACAAUAAAGGAUGUUCUAAUACACGAAACGAUAAUGGAAUGCGUAUUUCAAAUGGCAGUCAAGUCAACCAAACCCAGAUAGAUGAUGUUACGCCGACAACCACAUUCCCAUCUGUAAUUGACGUAGUCAGGCAUAGAACAUCACGAGGUAUUCGAAUUCAUCCGCGUACUUUAUUACCCCAAUUUGCUGAAGUAAUUGAUCAACCUUCCUUCCAAGAUGGGAGCGUGCAAGAUGAUCCUUAUAAUUUUGUUUACAAUGGUGUACCUGGAGAGCAUCGUGUUUUAAAGGAACGAGGUGCAUGUCCCAAUUGUGGAGCAAAACGAUUUCAGUAUGAAUUUGAUACCUUUUGUUGUAUGAGUGGGAAAACUGUGUUAGCAAACUUAGAAAUUCCAGAGGAAUUGUACCGACUUUUCACGUCUCAAGAUGAAAUUGGAGAUAUGUUUAGGCAAAACAUCCGUGCUUAUAACACCAAUUUUUCUUUUGCCUCAAUGGGUGUGACAUUGGAUGAUACAUUGAACAAUAUGAGAGACGGCGUAUAUACUUUUCGUGCACAUAAAGGAAUAUAUCACAGAAUCGACCAAUUAGUUCCGAGGGAUGGGACCCCUAGAAGACUUGCGGAACUAGGACCUCUGGACAACUAUAGAGUCACUUUGAAUACUUCGGUUGAACUUGACCAAAGGGUGUACAACCGACCAACGACAUCGGAGGUUGCUGGUAUUUGGGUUGAAGGUAAUGACAAUAUCACUUCGUAUAAACGAAGUAUUGUUGUGUACGGUAGGUCUGAAUAUAGUCAAACUAUUCAGCCGUACUUCAGUUGUUACGAUCCAUCGUCGUAUCCUCUAUUUUUUCCUAAUGGUGAGUCGGGUUGGCAUGGUAACAUACCACGUCAUGGAGUAUCAAUCAAUGAGGUUCGCAACAAUGACAACAUCGAAGGAGAAAUGGAAGAGGCAAACACACAAAGUGGUAGAACAACCGUGGCUAUGCGAGAGUACUACUGUUACAAGUUCCAGAUUCGAUCUACCGAUAAUGUGCUUUUGUUCGGUGGUAGGCUGCUACAGCAGUUUGUGGUUGAUGUUUACAUCAAAACUAAGACAUCACGCUUAGAAUUUUGUGAGAGAAACCAGGCUAAGAUUCGGGCCGAAUUGUACCAAGGUAUUGUGGAUUGCGUCAAUACUGGUGUGGUUCAUGCAAACAGAGUCGGGAAAAGAAUUGUGUUGCCUGCAUCUUUCAUCGGGGGGCCUCGCGACAUGCGACGUCGGUUUCUAGAAGCGAUGACGUUAGUUCAAGAUGACGGCAAGCCUGAUGUAUUCCUUACAAUGACAUGUAAUCCAAAGUGGCAUGAGAUAUGUGAUAACUUACAUGUUGGUCAAACUGCUACAAAUCGUCCAGACCUUGUUUCAAGAGUGUUCCGGGCUAAAUUAGAAGAUCUUAAGGAUCAACUCUUCAAGAAACAUAUCCUCGGGGAAGUUAAGGCAUACGUCUAUGUCAUUGAAUUUCAAAAGCGGGGUUUUCCGCACACACAUUUUCUCCUAAUCAUGUACCCGCAACACAAGAUCAAUAACGCGGACCAUUAUGAUAAGGUUGUGUGUGCUGAAAUUCCUAACAAACUAACACAUCCCAGAUUGCAUGAGAUGGUUAUCAAGCACAUGAUUCACGGUCCUUGUGGCAAUUUACGAUCAAGCAGUCCUUGUAUGCAGGGUGAUCCUAAAAUUUGUCGUUUUCGCUAUCCUAGACAAUUUAACGAACCGACGACACAAGGAGAAGAUUCGUAUCCGUUGUAUCGAAGGAGAGACACCGGGAUAGAAGUGGACCUACGAGGACAAACACUUGAUAAUAGAUGGGUGGUCCCAUAUAACCCAAGGCUUUUGAUGAUGUUUAACUGCUACAUGGAUGUUGAAGUUUGCUCAAGUAUAAAAUCUGUGAAAUAUCUUUUCAAAUAUGUUUAUAAAGGACAUGACAAACAGGUUAUUCAAGUCGAUCAAAGUGAGCCAGGGGUUGUUAUUAAUGAGAUAAAAAGAUUUCAAGAUGCACGCUACAUAUCGCCCCCAGAGGCUAUGUGGCGCAUUUUUUCCUUCUCUCUUUCUCAAAUCUUUCCUGCUGUUCUAGCCUUACAACUUCAUCUCCCAAAUAAUCAGAUGGUUAGAUUUAGAGAUGAUGACUUGAUGCCUAAUAUUGUUGAUAGGGAAAGGGAUAAGAGAACCAUGCUAACAACAUUUUUUGAGAUAAAUAGAAACGAUGAAACAGCAAGGGUACAUUUGUAUAAAGAUUUUCCAAAACACUUUACGUGGAAUGGAAGCACACGCCGUUGGAGUCGUCGUUUCGGUAAAAAACAAAGAGGACGUAUCGUUUCCGCUAAUCCAGCCGAAGGAGAAAGGUACUACUUACGCCUACUUUUGUCAAAUGUCAGAGGGCCUACUUCUUUUGAACAUCUUUGCACAGUUAAUGGUCAACGGUGUGCGACAUUUCGGAAAGCAGCUCUUGAGUUAGGCUUAAUAGAAGACGAUGAAUAUCUAUCACAAUGUCUCGAAAAAGCCUCUACGUUUCAGUUUCCCAAUGCUCUUAGAAGGUUAUUUGCGACCAUAAUGAUUUUUUGCCAACCUGGAGAUAUUCGAAAGUUAUGGAAUGACCACUUUGAUUCACUGUCUGAAGAUCAUCGGUUACACUGUCACAGUAUAGAACGAGUUCAAAAUAUGGUUCUUACCGAAAUUAGUGUCUUGGUACAAUCCAUGGGUAAAAAUUUCAAUGAGUUCGACCUUCCUAAGAUAACAGAUGAUGUUAACUUACAAGAUGCAGGUUAUCGUGAGUUACAAGAAGAGUAUGGGAUUGUUUUGGAACCUGAACACUUGAGUGCCAAAGAUUCACUUAAUCCGGACCAAAAAACGUGUUUGAUGAGAUCAUGA